GUAACGCGCGAAACGUGUCCCCGACGAGCGAUAUUUUUGGGAUAGAUGUCACGUUAUCUCUUCUCCGUCUCUCCGGGCGCGUGCGGUGGUGUGUGCUUUUAACGCCGCCUUACAACAAACGUAUCGUGCGCCUCCUCGCGCUGUUCGCGCUCGCGCGCGCGCGCCCCCCUCCCGCCCCGUGUUGCGUGCGCGUGUAUAUGUAGUAUAUGUACGUGCGUGUGCAACGGACGGGUGUGUGCGUCGUUUGAUUUGCGAACGCCUCCUCCGCGUGUGUUUGUGCGUAUGUACGUGUUGCGUGCGCGCGAGAUCCCCCUCGUCGGCCGCACGUCGUGUAAACGCGGCUUCCUUUACCCGUGUCAACGGGUCGCGCGCGCACGACCCGUUCGGCUGUGCCUCUCGGUGUGUGUGUGCGUGCGUGCGUGACACGUUUGUGUGCGCGUGUCGGGACACCCUAUAUAUUGUCGUAUUUUUCAAGCGGCGUAUCCCCACGGUGUGCGCGCUUGACAACAUUCUGCGACUUUAACGGCACAAACGUGUCUCUCGUCCUCGUGUCUCUUUGUUUGUGAUAUGCUCGCGCGUGGUAUGCUCCCGUGAUCAAAACACCAAAAAAAUUUUCCCUCCGUCUUAACCGUUUCCUUCAUUGACGCGUUGAUAUAGUUUGAUAGCAAAUUGAUUUGCGGUAAUACUCCGUUUAGAGGAUUCGUACGUCGUGCAUUUUAUACGCCUGCAUCUCCGUCACUCUCGAUUUUAUUGCUAAACGGAUUCUUUCAGUUCCUCGGGCACUAGAAAUUUGCUAGCUAGCUCAGCCGUUUGUAUGGUGGGACAUGUAGCCUAAGCCCAAAAUGUUACAGAUACGGAUAUUUUAAAUCUUAUAACAAAGACUGCUCGUUAGAAACAUAUAGUCACGGUUGGGAAAGUUUUAAUUUGGUUAUCUCGAGGAGGCGAUGAUAAUAUGAAUCUUAUUAAUUUUAUAUCGGAGCAAAGUUGAGUAUAGAAACACAAGGGGAUAGGGAAAGUAAUUUUGUGAAAUAGAAUCUUAAAGAAAGUUGGUUAUGUGCAAUGCCGAGAUGCUACAAUGACAGCAAGACAGUGAGUUCAGUGAACAGCAACUAUAAGCACAGUACAGACGAUAUUAUAUUAACGCAAUCGCAUGCUUUCUCUCUCACGAUUGGAAGUCAAUUGAACGUAGACGAAGAUCCACCGGUAGUUGAAAAAUCACACAGACGGCUUCGGUGUGACCUCAGUCCUGUCCCACCAAGUACAAACUCCAAUUUAAACAUAAAGCUUCUUGGAUUAAAGGGUGAUAAAAGUACUCGUCAGGAUCAUCAGGUGAGCACUGGAUCUGGGGGGCACAGAGAAAAAAAUAGGGAGACUAAAAAGAGAGCAGCUAUAGGCAACACAGUGCGUGGAUUUUUCUCAUCUGGCCACAGCAGGCAGGACAGGUAUGAGACAAACAGGCAACGUUCUUCAGGUGGAACUGGCGGUGGCUUGUCUAGUUUAUGUCCUAAGCUGGUGGCCAGUGGAGGCACUGGCAGCCAAAGUGGCAUCAGUUUGGCAGUGGGCCACUUAGCCUCUCAGGAAAGCGGAGGCCCUUGCCCAGUUGUAACAACCCAAAGGAUCCACGCACACAAUCAUAGACGCCAAAGAAAGCUAUCUAUUGUCGCGCAGGCAGGUCCUAGUGCCAACACUACUGGUGAUAAGAAGGUGUUAUCCAAUAUAAGUCGCUCCGCUAGUAUUUCCAAAAAGCAAAUUCGAAUACAGCGACACGAUCAGAGUACUGAUUCUUUAUCUAUAACUAGCAACGGUCUUGCGACCAGCUCGCCAUGUUCUAAAAAGAAAGUACUAUCUGCCUUGCGUACCUCUGAUCGAUCAUCUACCCAGAGUGUGAAUUCAUCAUCCUUAGAUCAUGAAAAUGAUCGUAGUUUCAGUGAUGCUGAAGAAGCAAUCGCAGCAACGGAGAAUGCGUUUGCAACACCAGGGUCUAGUUCUACACCGUCUACACCAAUUAGUAAAAUAAAAUCGGCAAAAUUCAAGGAUGAAGGAGCAAAUGUGGAACAUAACAUUCUCGCAGAAUGUACCGAUUCAUCAAGGAACGUUGCAGAUGUACAACACGUGAUUUUAAAUGAGUUCGAACAAAAAAAUGUUAUGCCAAUAAAACCGUCUGCGGUACACGAAUUACGCGUGGUUAAUCAGGAAAGUAUUAUAAAUGAUAAGCAAAAAUCGUCGUGCUCUACCCUCAGCGGUAGAUCUAUUAGUAAUAGCGAUCAAAAAGUUUUGAAGCAAAAAAAUAUAAAUUCGGCAGAGAAAAUGAUUGAACAUCAUAGUAGUAAAGACAUCGAAACAGCUAACAUAGAUAAAGAUUUAAAUGAUACUACGAUAUCGACAGACACAGAAAUGAAUUCCAUAGAUGAUAAUAAUGAAGGUAAACAAGGAAAAAGUAGAAAAUCUCUAGGGUACACGGACGGCGGUACAGAUGACGGUACAGAGAAAGAGACCGCAGAUCCUUCAAGUACUGUAAACAGCGAUAAAAGAAAGAAGAUAAUGAGGGUCAAAAGUAACACAGGUUUAAGCGAGGAGGUAAUUAAGAGUUCAAGGUUCGUAACGUCAAAGGUAGUAGAGGAAAUAACGGAUGCAGACACUAAGCCGGUGGAUAUGGGUAAAGAGGAGGAGGAGGAAAGAGUGACGAUAUACGAUGACGAUGGCACCAGUAUCAGUGACAUAGUAGCAGCGCAGGCACUUCAUGAAUCGUUAAGUAAAUUAGGCAAAGUUCCGCCGUUAGACACUGAGAUGGAAAAAGUGCAGAAUACGAGUUUACGAGACGAAACGAAAAUGAGGGAGGAUACCGAAAAGGAUAUUGUUACGCAGGAGGAAACGGUGGAAGGUUUUAUCGGUCCGUUGCUCGACGAAAACUUUAAAGCUGAUGAGAAAUUGUCGCAAAAAACAAUGGCGAUGGAGGACGUGCAAAAUUUAUUGAUGAAAGUCAAGGUGCAAGCUGUCGAGGAUGACGACGACGAGGAGAAAGCCGUUGGUAUUUCACCGGAUGGAAGAUUUUUGAAAUUUGAAGAGGAAAUUGGUCGUGGCAGUUUCAAGACUGUUUAUCGCGGGUUAGAUACCCAAACAGGCGUAGCUGUCGCUUGGUGUGAAUUGCAGGAGAAAAAGUUGAAUAAAACAGAGAGAUUGAGAUUUAGGGAAGAAGCUGAAAUGUUAAAGGGAUUACAACAUCCGAAUAUUGUAAGGUUUUAUGAUUAUUGGGAAGUCACACUUACUCGUAGAAAAUAUAUUGUACUAGUCACUGAACUUAUGACAUCAGGAACAUUGAAAACGUAUUUGAGGAGGUUCAAAAAGAUCAAUCCCAAAGUAGUAAAAUCGUGGUGUCGGCAAAUCUUGAAGGGUCUGAGUUUUCUUCACUCUAGGGCACCGCCUAUUAUUCAUCGUGAUUUAAAAUGUGAUAAUAUUUUUAUCACGGGUACUACGGGAAGCGUGAAAAUUGGUGACUUGGGUCUCGCAACAUUGAAGAAUCGUAGUUUUGCAAAGAGUGUAAUUGGUACGCCGGAAUUUAUGGCGCCCGAAAUGUACGAGGAACAUUAUGACGAAUCAGUGGACGUUUAUGCCUUCGGGAUGUGUAUGCUCGAGAUGGCUACUAGCGAGUAUCCAUAUUCUGAAUGUACAGGACCAGCGCAAAUAUACAAACGCGUAGUAUCGGGUGUUAAGCCACAGAGCUAUGACAAAGUUGAAAAUCCGGAGGUACGUGAUAUUAUAGAAAUGUGUAUACGUCUGAAGAAGGAAGAACGACCGCUCGUUAGGGAUUUACUUAAUCAUGAAUUCUUCGCCGAUGAUGUUGGACUGAAAUUGGAGAUGGUGUCGCGGGAUUCGGCGGUUGCGGAUACCGAGCUGUCGCGUGUUGAGUUUAGAUUGCGUGUGCUGGAUCCUAAAAAGCGCAGCAACAAGCACAAGGAAAAUGAGGCGAUACAAUUCGAGUUUGACAUACAAGCUGAUAAUGCGGAGGAAGUAGCGCUAGAAAUGGCGAAAUCGAGCCUUAUAUUAGAGGAAGAUGCUAAAGCAGUGGCUAAAAUGUUGAAAUCGCAAAUUACCACUCUAUUGCGAGAACGAGAAGAACGUAAAGCCAAAGAGGAGAAGGAACGUUUGGAUAGGGAGACUGCCGCUACAGCUGCAGAUGUCGCAGUUAAUGCCGCAAACACUGCAAACGCCGCGAAUGCCGAGAAUUUACUACAGCAACAAUUACUUCUUCAACAGAUGCAAUUGCAACAGCAGCAGCAGCAACAACAACAGCAACAGCAGCAGCAACAACAACCACAGCAAAUUCAGUCUAAUAUAAAUAUACAGAUGCAAAAUCCAGUUCCGAUACAAUUACAACAAACUCAAAUGCCCAUUCAGCAACAGCAAUUACAGUCGACUCAACAAGCUCAACAACAUAAUUUACAAGCGCAACAGGUUCAGUUGGUCCAGCAACAACCAAUAAUCCAACAGCAAACGUCGGUCGUGCAACCCCAACAAGCACAGCAAAUACAAUAUCAACAGCAAAUACAGCCGCAGUAUCAGCAGCCGCAACAGCAGCAGUAUCCUCAGCACGUCCCGCAGAGCUUGAACGCGAAUUCUCCACAAUGUUCAACUCCGCAAAACGUUCCGGCUCAGCCUCAAUUUCCACAGGUGCCACAGCAGCUGCAGCAACAGCAGCAGCAGCUGCAGCAACAGCAGCAGCAGCAGCAGCAUGUUCAGAUACAACAGCAACAGCAAUAUAUACAGUUAAAUCAGAUGGGUGUUCCACAACAAAUUCCUCAUCAGAUGCAGCAACAGAUGCAGCCUCAAAUGCAGAUGUUGCCUCAACAGCAGCACAUGCAUCAGCAGCUUCAACAACAGCAAUACGCGACACAACCGCAACUCCAACAUGUUCAGCAACUGCAUCAGCAUACCGUCAGUUCGCCGCCUGUUCAGAAUCAGCAAUAUUAUCAGCAGAAUACCACCGGUUCCUCGGGAUACGUAUCAACGGGCUCUUUGUAUCAACAGACCAUGCCGCAACAAAUAUUUCACACGUAUACCACAUCCAAUCCCUCCGGUCACGUGGAAAUCUUAUCGUCCACCCAAACUGCGACGCAGAUUUACUCUCACACGAGUUUGCCAGCGGGCGCGGUGCCUACGGCCUCGCAGUCGCAAUACAUCCCAACGACAGGUCAGGUACAGGCAUCUAUACCCUCGGGCAUGAGUGUCAAUAAUUCGUCGGCUGUGACUCAUAUGCAAAGUGCCCCGACUUCGACAAUCCCCAAUAUGCAAAGCGCGCCCACUCUACUCGGCAACACUGCUCCGCAGCCUCAAUCUCAACAAAAUAUUCUCGUGCAAAUGCAGUAUUCACAAAACACGAACGUUAUACCCAAUUCUAUCUCAAUAACGCCCAAUAUGGCAAACGUCUCGGCGCAAUCGUCUACCAAUCUGCAGCAACAACAUCAACUUUUCCUCUCGAAUACGGAUCAGUGUCCCACGACUGACAGGUCUUCCCUAGUGAAACAAGACACAAUGGAUUCGGUACAGUCUCUGCCACUGGAUCCAUCAAUUAAUUUACAGCAAGAUCAAAUUGCUGCCUCUGCUUCAGUCGCAACGGGCGGUGUUGCACAGCAGACUGUAACGUCAAACGAUGGAGUCACGCCAGAAAAUUCCGAAAGCGUUACCGCUUCCGAGAGAAGCCGGAUAAAACGUUCGGGAACUAAACGAAAGAAGCCGGGCAUUAAAUUAACAGUCUUGUCUGUCAGUAGCGGUGAGGGACAAUCAAUGACUGUCGAGUGCCAGUUAGAUACGAGUAAACAAAAGACUGUUACUUUUAAAUUCGAUCGGGACGAUAUGGUACCCACGGACAUUGCCAAUAAUUUGGUUGCUGAAAAUUUAUUGCCGCAAUCUCAGUGCGAGACGUUCGUAGAAUUAAUUGAAGAUAUUGUCAAACAAUUGCGCUUGGAUCCCACACGUACCCUACCUUUGGUAGCACAUGGCCCACCUGAUCAAUCUGCCGGUGGAAGCCCGGUUACAAGUCGACGUCCUAGGGAUCGCGACCACAGUCUCGAUACAGCUAAACAGGUGAGACAUGGCUCGCUAACACGUCAAAGCAGCCACCGAUCAUCGUACAAAGUCCACCGUAGGCACCGUUCGAGAGACGAAACUUCGAAUACUUCUACUCCAACGAAAUUGUUGCCGAUCGAUCAGAUUAUUUCUCAUAUUGCCAAUACCACAUUGGAGAAGCAACAAGUUGCCGUUCAAACUCCUGACAGUCAAGCCGGUGCCGAAAAUACAUCAGCGGAAGCUUCCAGAAGAUCAUCCACAUCAACGCAAAAUACCGACACUUUAACUCCUACAAAUAUACCGAGUGAUCCCACGGACAAUCAAGAAACUAUCGUUUCUGCAACGUCUGCGGAAACAGUUGUGGAAGCACAACAUAAUAUUCAAGAUGACGCUAAUAAUUCGGCCUUUAAAUCUUAUCAAACAUCUACAACGCAUGCUCAGAUUCAAAUACAAGAUACUAUAGUGAACGCAAGUCAUGUGAGUGAGGUGUCGAAAGAAUCUCAAGAGCAGCAAGAUGUAAUAGACAUAAAGGAAUCUGGAAUAACUAAAGAGGCAAAUGCGCCCGACGUUGUUGCAGAGGUGUCGACUUUGACAGUGCCGACGCGUAAAAUUUCUCGCUUCUUAGUUAGUCCUGUGCUCGAACAAAAAAAUAUUGCGGCUGAAGAGGAAGCCUCUGCUGUCGGUGAAAGCAUAGAUCGUACAAAUAUCGCGAUGUCACAGUCGCAAUUUGUCGCGCCUGCUGCGAACGCGGAGCUCACAUUGAAAAACGAGGAACACGUGGAAGCGAAUGUUUUAGAAAUUCAGAAUGCGACGAUGCUCGAACCAACUAGCAAUAACGAGACAAUAGUCCACGGUAUUCCGUAUACUGUGGAGCAGACAGACAGCACGCAACAGAUCUUGCAGCCAGGACAGCAGUCGCUCGGAUUGCAGCAGAGCGUUAUUCAAAUGCAAACUUUGCAGCAGGUAACGGGACAUGUGCAACAGACCACGACUAUCGGGCAGUCGAAUCAGCAUACCAUAAUCGUUCAGGGAUCUACGAUAACGUCGCAGCAAACUUCCCAGCCGAUACCGCAAACUGGUGUGCAGCAUUUCGUGCCGGUUAAUUCGCAGGAGUUGCAGCCUCAGCCGCUUCACUCGAACGGAAUGGUCCAAACGCAGCCGCAGUAUCCGAGUCAAGCGAUGAUGCAGCCCGGCGUUGUGAUGCAGCCGUCGCAGCAGCAAAUCCCUCUGCAGCCGGGCAUAAUGCAGAUACACAUGCAAGCGGAACAGAUGCAGGCCCAACGUUCGACGGUGCAGCAAUUCAUUCCGCAACAGGUGCAGCCCCCGACGCAGCAGUACGUGAUGCUGUCGGGUCAUAUGCAACCGGUGCAAUCGACGGCUAUGGACGAUCGAAGUCGCAGAGUGUCGAGUUUAUCCGCCAUGUCCAGUGUAUCUUUAGACUCUCAAAUCUCGGAAUCAUCCGCCAUAGCCGAGGAAAAGAGGCAAAUCAUGAAUGCAACUAAUAUACCUGUGAUGCACAUGCAACAUGUACAAGUCGUUCCGCAAGACAUUCCCGGUACAGUGCCGUUGUUGCAAAACGCCAUGGAAGCCGCUCAAGCUUCUCAUCAAAACGUGCAACACGUUCCGGGAACUUUGCCUCCAUCUGCUAUGCCUGUUUCCGUACAUCCAAUCGCUGCCACAGAUAUCUCCGCACCCAAAGUCGCCAUUAAAACGAAAGAGGGGUCCUCGACGCUUCCAGAUCUCGCGCAAAAUUUAGCAAACAUACUUUCGAAUCCGAAAUCCAAAUCUGCCACGCCUCAUCCUUUGACCAAUCACGAACCAGUCGCUGUUCCUAACGUUGCUGCCCCCGCGUCGGUAGACUACAAAACUGUGCAGUCCGAGCAGUAUUUUCAGCCUAUACAACCGGAAGCGAGUCAGUUGCAAAUUCAACCGUCUAUUCAGCACAAUUAUCAAGGGCAGAUCGUGCAUCAGGGGUAUCAGGGACAACCGAACUUUCAGCAAGCGUUUCAAAAUCAGCAGGUGCUUCACCAGAAUCAAGUGCAGCCGAUACCGCAGUCGAUUCCCUUAACAAUCCCUCAACAGAUCGACGCGCAGUCACAGAUGCAGUCCAUUCUCCAGGCUGUAUCGAAUCAAUCGAUCGCCCAAGGAAAGUGGAUUGUGACUAAUCAAGCUCCUCUGCAGCAGCCGAUACGACAUAUACAGCCAAAUCAGCUGCAGCCGCUCCCGAAUCAAUUACAGUUACAACAAAUUCCUUUGCAGCCACAAAUGCAUCAGCAAAUUAUGCAAGACCAACAACACGGCGAAUCUUCCGUCUUAUUAGAUCAAUCACAUUUACAUUUGAAGUUUCCAGAACAACAUCCACCGAAACCUUUGGAAAUUGAGAAUCCGGAAUCUUUGAGUUCAAAUUGUAUACGUCGUACCAGUUCCGAUUGCCAGUUACUUACAUCCGAAAAUGAAAAUUCCAGCCACGACGUGACGCCUGAGCACACUCUUGUUGAAUCAAUCGAUUCUACAUCGAUUUUGCAACAACAGUUGUCGCAACCACAGCAGCAGCAACAGCAGCAGCAGCAGCAACAACAACAGCACCGCAAACUCAGUCAACAGAAUUCGUUGGACAAAAUGACAGAUGUAAGCUGCGGGAAUGUUGGAGGUGGUGCAGGUCCGCAAACUAUAGCUGACUUGCAUCAGAAACUUGUACAAGUGACUAGUCAGCCGUCGGAAUCGCUGAACGUCGGUACACCACCUAUAAGCUAUCCUGCCACGCCUCAUAAUAAUCAAAUGGCUGGAGGACACGACGCGUAUAUGCAUUCUUUGCAGCAGAAACUGUUUAAUAUUGGUGUGCCGGUUUCGUCCGCGAAUGCCCCAUGCCCGUUAUCUCCUCAGACAACAAUACAUUCCUCCACUGUACUCGCCGACACGCAAACAGAGUCAAUUAUCGAGGGCUCCACUGUAACGCAAGACAGUUCGGGCGCAUUUGCACUUUCGCAAAAUAAUGUGGAAUGUUCCCUCGAUAGUCCGACACCAGGAGCUCACACAGGAUCCGAAAAUAUGAGCCCAAGCAAAGAAAAUGUAAAGACACGAACUCAAAGACCGGGGUCCCGUUUACAGGAACUGGAGCAGGAAUUGGCAAAGAUACAUCACAGAGGAUCAGUUUUUGCAGCAGCUCCGGUUCAGCCGUUAACACCACCUAUACCCGUACAAACGCAACAAUCUGUGCAAAAUUUGUUGACAACCGCUCAGCCAGUGUCAAUGAUACCUGUGGCUACUGUGACUCCUAACAUCGUGACACCGCGAUCUGGUACCAAUACUCCAAUUCAAGCAGAACUCCAAGACACUAAUGAGAAGGCGAAUCCUACUCAACCUACUCGAAAAAUAUCAAGAUUUGUGGUUUCCAAAGUUGCGGGUCCGCCUGUUCAUAGCAAUGCUGCUAUUAAUCAACAACAGUCUACUGAUGCUGCAAAGUCUCAAUUACAACAAAUGGAAGAAUUAAAAUUUUUAGAACGGCAAAAUAUUCUUUCUCAUCAUACAGAUGAUCUGCAUGGCGUAUCUGCACAAAUAUCUCAUAGUCGAGAGAAUUCUGUUCCACCUGUACAGGCGACACAUGGUGCUAAUAUUGAACUUGAAAAGGAAGAGAGAUUUGUAGCUCUUACACCGAGUGAAGAAUACCAAUUACUUAUAAAGAGACAAACUUUGGAACUAGAAACGUUGCAAAGAAGACAUAGAGAAGAGUUGGAACGAUUUCAACAACAACAACUGCAAUUGCUUAUUCAGCAACAGCAACAAGCAAGUGCGCUUCACCAUCAGCAUCAUCCGUUACUUUAUCACACGGUUGCAACAAAUCUCUCUGGACCGAGAAUUCCAGGAACGGAGGACUAUCUGAUGUUUAGCACAGCGCCACAGACUCCAUUGCAGAAAGGGCCGAAUAACUAUCCGGAUACGGAUGAGACUUUACGACUGGCGAUGCAGAAAUUGAAGCAGACCCCACUGCAGCUUCAACCGCAGCAGGCAUCGGCUGGAAUACCGCAUGCUUAUGUUAUUCCAAUUCCAGUAGUGCCUUCUGAAAAUAUGCAAAGUGUAGUUUCUCAGCAGGGUAAUAACUGCUCGAAUGAUAUGUCCGAGAGCAUCGAUACGACGCACAACACGACGGUUGGAAACCCGACGCAGUACCAAUUCGCUCCUAUAUUAUCAGAGGGAACGAAUAUCCCGUCGACAACCGUCGGACCGUUACCCGCGCCCGCGCCCUUAUCGAUAUCCGGCGCGACGGGCGCCUACAUUCAGUACGAGGGCCAGCCGCUACCGAAUUUUCAGACCUUCAGCUGCACACCCCACGGCGGCUUCUUUCUGCCAGCUGGCUAUCGGCUGAUAUACACGCCGCCGACGACUCAAUCUCAGCCGGCGACUCCCGCCACAUCUCACGUGGCAAACUCUUCGCGUGACGAUACGCCCCCGACGGCGGAGCUGCACUACUCGACCACCGCCGAAAAUUCAACGGUUCCUCCUUCGCAUUCGGAUCAAUAACGCAACAUUUGGCUCACACGCUUCUAUAUUUUUCGGUCGAUUUGCGUUCGUUCUUAGUUCAACGCUCUGCACGGUACUGUUUUAUAGUGCAGAGUUUUGCAUCGUUAUCGUCACGAAUGUAACCCGAAUAUAUAAUUUGCUGUGAAAUGCGCGCGUCAUUGCUAGACAUUAUUAUAAAGGUGCGAAGACGAAUCGAAAAAAAAGAAACAAAAGACCGUGGAAUAGAACUAUAUAAUGUUUUUUCGAUGUACGACGCACUUGCGUAUAUUAAACAAGAUAUCAAAUAUUCUCGCUAUCUGAGCGUGUGCAUGAUAUUACUAUGAUAUGUGCCUCGCAGCGGAAGUAAAACGGAAAUAAUGUGGGAAGAUACUGCGAAGAAGCGAUAUAUAU